CAAACAAAUAUGAAAACGCCACCGUAGCCCCUCACGGACUCGCCUGCAAAAACCACUUGCAAACCACACAAACCGAAAACGCCAGCUCGCCGGCCUCCAUUUUUAGCAACUUUUCCCUUAAAUCUCCUCUUGCACACCCCCACGGCCACGCCCCAUCAUUCUCUUCCCGCAGGCAGCCGUGCCUCUGCCUCUCCUCCCUCCUCGACCCUCCUCCGGCGCCGCCGCGGCCUCGCCCAUGGAGAGGAGUCCCGGCGCGGCGCUGACAUCGUCACCCGAGGAGGAGGAGGAGAAGGCGGCGGACGGCCAUGGCGAGGAGGCCGUGGAGCAGGAGGACGAGGAGGCUGCGCCGGUGGUGCUGAAGAAGGGGCCCUGGACCACGGCGGAGGACGCCAUGCUCGUGGAUCACGUCCGGCGCCACGGCGAGGGGAACUGGAACGCCGUGCAGAGGCUCACCGGCCUGCUGCGCUGCGGCAAGAGCUGCCGCCUCCGCUGGACCAACCACCUCCGCCCCAACCUCAAGAAGGGCUCCUUCUCCCCCGACGAGGAGAUCCUCAUCGCCCAGCUCCACGCGCAGCUCGGCAACAAGUGGGCGCGCAUGGCCGCGCAUCUGCCGGGGAGGACGGACAACGAGAUCAAGAACUACUGGAACACGAGGACCAAGCGCCGCCAGCGCGCCGGCCUGCCCGUGUACCCGCCGGAGGUGCAGCUCCAGCUCGCGCUCGCCAAGCGCUGCCGCUACGACGACUUCUCGCCGCUGGCGUCCCCGCAGCUGCCGGGCGCGGCCAAUGUCCAGGCGCUCGACGCCGCCUCGACCGGGUACACCAGCUCCCGGCCGGCGCCGCUCGACCUGGCUCGCCAGCUCGCCGCGACGAGCCAGACGGCGGUGCAGUUCCUCCCCCCGCCGCCCUUCUCGGCACCGUCGUCUCCGUGGGCGAAGCCGUUCGCGCGGAACGCGCAGUACUUCCAGUUCGCGCACUCGUCGCCCGUGUCCCCGUCCACGCCGACCAGGCCGCUGCACCCGGCCACGCCGGACCUCUCCCUCGGCUACGGCGUGCGCAGCACCGACCAGAGCAGGCUCGCGCCGCUCUCGCCGUCCCCUGGCCCCAGAGUGGAGCUCCCUUCAAACCAAUUCGGCCAGGCGAUGCCGCCGACCUCGGCCGCCGCCGCCGGCGGCGGCGGCGCAGCGCUGCCGGAUCAUCAGCACCAGAACGCGGCGAGCCUGGAGAAGAUGCUGCAGGAGCUGCACGACGCCAUCAAGGUCGACCCGCCAUCGCUGGCCCCGGCGAACGGAGACGCCGAGCGCCAUGGCGGCGGCGCUGUCCUGGAGCGGCAUGGUGGCAGAGAGAACAAAUUGGAUGGCCAGCAUAGGGAUGACGACAUGGGUACGCUGUUCGACAUGAUGAUCCCGAGGCUCAACGCGGCGGAGACCGUGCCGGUGCCGCUGCCUCCGGCGGCAGCUGCGCCCAACCACUCCGGCUCGACCUCGCAGCACAGCAGCGACGACCAGGACCCGUCCACCGUCGACCUCGGCGUAGACCUGCCGCCGGUCGCCGGCGGCGCCAGCCCGUCGGACCAGGACUGGGGCCUCGACGGCGUCUGCCACUGGAGCAACAUGUCCAGGAUCUGCUGAUCGCCCGCAGCAACUGCAGGAGCAGGAUCGACCUGACGCAGCCGUGUCAGACCAUCGGUCGUAGAGGCUGCCCUUAAAACAUCCGAUGAUUCUAAGAACUCGUUGAUGAGAGAGUCCCUUUUUUUUCUGAAUCUUUCUUGAUGCUGCCAGAUGCCAAGGCAUUAUGGACAAAUCUGUUUGCUGUGUUCCGAUCCGUUCUUGACGACUAUGUUGGUUGGCUACCGACUCAAUCUCAGCUGCGCAAUCUAUCAGAAUUUGCGUCAGCGUCUAGUAAUGUUUCUUUCCAAUUUAUUUGUAAUGAUCAUCAAUGGCAGAUUUUUAUUUA